GAGACACUAGGAGGGAGAAGGGCAGAGGAAGCGCUGUAGCUUCCUUCCAUCACUAAAGCAAUAACCUAUUAGGAUUUUCUUUGGCACCUAUCACCCCAGAGAUGCAAAGAAGGAGAGAGAAGCAUCAGCCAGCCCAACUCUGACAUUUCUAAUAAGAACUUACAGACUUAACAUGCCUGCCUCUCUACACUGAGGAGACAGGGAUGGAAAAUGUGUGCAGUGUAGAGUGGAAAAUACCCCUGAUCUAAAGAAGUGUACUGGCUUUUGUGUUUGCUGGUUGGUUGCGGUGGUGUAUGCACGUUAAGCACCAGAAGGAUCGUCGCCGGAUAGAAAUGAAACGUGGAGAGGAUGACUAACGACAGAACUGUGAAUUUGUUCUCUGGAGUUGCUAAUUUCCCACCCCGAAGCAACACAUUUCGCAAAGAGCAAGCGUUUGGCUGCUGCUGAUUUCUCCAAAACUGGUGGUUUAGCAGAUGCUUUGUGCUGUAUGUGUUGGAUCAGAUCCUUGCUGAGCCGCAGCAGAUCGGCAAAGGUACACAACCAGUUUGCUGUCUCCAAAUAAGAAAUGAGAUGUAAUGCAUCCUGCAGUCCAUGCACGCCUCCUCUUGCAAAUCGUGCACCAUUCCUCUGUGGAAAUCUUUAAAUCCUAAAAUCCAGAAAAAGAGAAUAAACACAUUAUCAUGGACCUGAGGGAUUUUUACCUGUUGGCUGCUCUGAUUGCCUGUUUAAGGCUGGAUUCAGCUAUAGCUCAAGAACUUAUUUACACUAUUAGAGAGGAGCUGCCUGAAAAUGUACCCAUAGGAAACAUACCAAAGGAUCUGAACAUUUCUCACAUCAGUGCUGCCACAGGGACCAGCGCCAGCCUCGUCUACAGACUGGUUUCUAAAGCAGGGGAUGCCCCUUUGGUCAAAGUGUCCAGCACCACCGGGGAAAUCUUCACCACCUCUAAUAGAAUAGACAGAGAAAAACUCUGUGCUGGAGCCUCCUAUGCUGAAGAAAAUGAGUGUUUUUUUGAACUUGAAGUGGUUAUUCUCCCCAAUGACUUUUUUAGGCUGAUCAAAAUAAAAAUCAUUGUAAAAGAUACCAAUGACAAUGCACCUAUGUUUCCAUCUCCUGUCAUCAAUAUUUCCAUACCUGAAAACACGUUGAUCAAUAGCCGCUUUCCAAUUCCAUCAGCAACUGAUCCUGACACAGGUUUCAACGGUGUACAGCAUUAUGAAUUGUUAAAUGGGCAGAGUGUCUUUGGACUGGAUAUUGUUGAAACUCCGGAAGGAGAGAAAUGGCCUCAACUGAUCGUACAGCAAAACUUGGAUAGAGAGCAGAAGGACACCUAUGUGAUGAAAAUCAAAGUAGAGGAUGGAGGAACCCCUCAGAAAUCCAGCACAGCCAUACUGCAAGUCACAGUAAGUGAUGUCAAUGAUAACAGACCAAUUUUUAAAGAGAGUCAGGUGGAGGUUCACAUACCAGAGAAUGCCCCAGUAGGCACCUCUGUAAUUCAGCUUCAUGCUACAGAUGCAGAUGUAGGAAGCAAUGCAGAAAUCAGAUAUAUUUUUGGUGCCCAAGUUGCCCCUGCAACCAAAAGGCUGUUUGCUUUAAAUAACACAACAGGGCUGAUUACAGUUCAGAGGUCCUUAGAUCGAGAAGAGACUGCUAUUCACAAAGUGACAGUGCUGGCCAGUGAUGGUAGCUCUACUCCUGCUCGGGCAACUGUUACCAUCAAUGUCACUGAUGUAAACGAUAACCCUCCUAACAUAGACCUCAGGUACAUUAUAAGUCCCAUCAAUGGCACAGUAUACUUAUCUGAGAAAGAUCCUGUCAAUACAAAGAUUGCCCUAAUUACAGUUUCAGAUAAGGACACUGAUGUGAAUGGCAAAGUGAUCUGUUUCAUUGAGAGAGAGGUCCCAUUUCACUUGAAGGCAGUUUACGACAACCAGUAUUUGUUAGAGACCUCUUCCUUGUUGGACUAUGAGGGCACCAAAGAAUUCAGCUUUAAAAUUGUUGCCUCUGAUUCUGGCAAGCCCAGUUUGAACCAGACUGCACUGGUAAGAGUUAAACUGGAGGAUGAAAAUGACAACCCUCCAAUUUUCAGCCAGCCUGUAAUUGAGCUGUCAGUUUCUGAAAACAACCGUCGUGGUCUAUACUUAACAACUAUUAGUGCCACAGAUGAAGAUAGUGGGAAAAAUGCAGACAUUGUUUAUCAGCUUGGCCCUAAUGCUUCCUUUUUCGAUCUGGAUCGAAAGACGGGAGUUUUGACAGCCUCCAGAGUUUUUGACAGAGAAGAGCAAGAACGUUUCAUUUUCACUGUAACUGCAAGGGACAACGGCACCCCUCCUCUGCAGAGUCAAGCGGCUGUAAUUGUUACUGUGCUGGAUGAAAAUGACAACAGUCCCAAAUUUACUCAUAAUCACUUUCAGUUUUUUGUAUCUGAGAACUUACCAAAGUAUAGCACCGUGGGAGUGAUCACAGUGACCGAUGCAGAUGCAGGGGAAAAUAAAGCAGUGACCCUUUCCAUCCUGAAUGAUAAUGAGAACUUUGUGCUGGAUCCUUACUCUGGAGUUAUAAAGUCCAAUGUUUCUUUUGAUCGAGAACAGCAGAGCUCGUACACCUUUGAUGUCAAGGCCAUUGAUGGAGGACAACCUCCUCGCUCUUCUACAGCAAAAGUAACAAUAAAUGUCAUGGAUGUUAAUGAUAACAGCCCAGUUGUCAUCUACCCACCUUCUAAUACUUCUUUUAAGUUGGUGCCACUCUCAGCAAUCCCAGGCUCUGUCGUAGCAGAAGUAUUUGCUGUGGAUAUAGACACUGGAAUGAAUGCUGAACUUAAAUAUACAAUUGUAAGUGGAAAUAACAAAGGUUUAUUUCGUAUUGAUCCAGUGACAGGUAAUAUUACUCUGGAAGAAAAACCAGCUCUUACUGAUGUGGGGCUGCAUCGUUUAGUGGUCAACAUAAGUGACUUGGGUUAUCCUAAAUCCUUGCAUACUCUUGUGCUUGUAUUUUUGUAUGUAAAUGACACUGCUGGAAAUGCCUCUUAUAUUUAUGACUUGAUACGUAGGACUAUGGAAACACCCUUGGAUCGGAACAUAGGGGACAGUAGCCAACCCUAUCAAAAUGAGGACUAUCUUACUAUCAUGAUUGCUAUAGUGGCAGGUGCUAUGGUUGUGAUAGUGGUGAUAUUUGUCACGGUUCUGGUUCGCUGUCGACAUGCAUCUAGGUUCAAAGCAGCACAAAGGAGCAAGCAAGGUGCUGAAUGGAUGUCUCCCAAUCAGGAGAACAAACAGAACAAGAAAAAGAAAAGGAAGAAAAGGAAGUCUCCUAAAAGUUCUCUUUUAAACUUUGUUACCAUUGAGGAGUCGAAACCUGAUGAUGCUGUCCAUGAACCUAUCAACGGGACAAUAAGCCUUCCAGCUGAGCUGGAGGAGCAAAGUAUAGGAAGAUUUGACUGGGGCACAGCACCACCAACAACCUUUAAGCCUAACAGUCCUGACCUUGCUAAGCAUUACAAAUCUGCCUCUCCACAGUCUGCUUUUCAUCUUAAACCUGACACUCCAGUAUCAGUGAAAAAGCAUCAUGUGAUUCAGGAACUUCCGUUGGACAACACCUUUGUUGGUGGUUGUGACACCCUUUCCAAACGCUCUUCCACUAGUUCAGAUCACUUCAGUGCCUCAGAGUGCAGUUCCCAAGGAGGCUUCAAGACAAAGGGCCCCUUACACACCAGACAGUCCCAGCGCCGUGUUACGUUUCACCUCCCUGAUGGCUCCCAGGAAAGCUGCAGUGACAGUGGUCUAGGAGACCAUGAGCCUGUGGGUAGUGGAACCCUGAUCUCACACCCUCUCCCUCUGGUUCAGCCACAGGACGAAUUCUACGACCAGGCCUCACCGGACAAGAGGACUGAAGCUGAUGGCAACUCUGACCCCAACUCUGAUGGGCCUCUUGGUCCACGAGGAUUAGCUGAAGCUACAGAGAUGUGUACUCAAGAAUGCCUGGUUUUGGGUCACUCAGAUAACUGUUGGAUGCCUCCCAGCCUGGGUCCAUACCAGCAGCCAAAGUCUCCUCUCUCCACCUUUGCACCUCAGAAAGAAUGGGUUAAGAAGGACAAACUAGUGAAUGGACACACGUUGACAAGAACCUGGAAAGAAGAUAGCAACAGAAACCAGUUCAGUGACCGAAAGCAGUAUGGUUCUGGUGAGGGUCAUUUCAACACUGGCAAUCACAUGACUGACAUUCCUUUGGCUAACUUGAAGUCUUAUAAACAGGCCUCAGGACCUGCUGAGAGUCCAAAAGAGCACCAGCUAUAAGAAAUGGCUACUUUGGAUCAAUGACUUUAAUCUACUUAGACUUGCUAAUACUGUGCGUGUGUGUGUGUGUGUGUCAGAGCUUUAUGUACUGGGUAGACCUCUACAACUAUGCUUCACAUAGCAGAAAUAUGCAUAUCUUUGUGUUAGCCCAAUGGAAAGUAUAAUGUUCUGCAACACAAAAGAGUGUUUCUUCUAGUUGUGUGGUUUUGUUAAAUAGACAUGAUUAAACUCUGCAGAGAUCUCUCCAGUUUGCAAAUAUCCUUUUUGUUUGUUUGUUUUUUGACCCUGGACUGCUGCUACAAACAACAGAAGAUGCAUUUGGAGAGUGAUAGACCGAGAGAGUUCAGUGGAUUAUAAUGAUUGAAAAGCAUAUCCUGUUAGAAAAUUGUGCUCUUGCUGUCAUUGAUCUGUGCUGGGACUGCUAUACUUGAUAUCAUACCGCAAACAAAACAACUAAAACUAUAAAUAUUAAACCUAUUGUGCUAUUAACAACAUUAGUGGACACUUGUAAGUCAAUCAGUGUUCAAAAUACUUGUAAAUAGGAACAAUUAUUACUAACAAAAUUUGUGUACUUAUAACGUUCACCUAAAAAGGAUACUGUAGCAUAAUUCUUUGUUUCACAGUUGCUUUUUACUUUCUUUCAUUUGCUUCCUGUUGUUUUGUUUUUAAUUUCAGUGAUGAUGUUUCUGUGUUAGUAGUCUGUCUGACACACAAAGUUCCAAGGAACUCAAAACACUUGUGUUUAAAAAAUAAACCAAACAAAAAACCUCUUGCUUCUGUUUAACAGCAGAUGAUGCUGGCAUUCUAGUAAGCAGAGCUGUUUGCAAAUAUUAAAAAACAAAAGGAUUUACGCAAGGGCUUUAAACUUUAAUAACUUUAAUUUCACUUCCAUUCUGUUUUGCAAAGCAGAGGAACUUAAAAAAAAGAAAAAAGAAGUUAGCUAUGUGGGUGGUGGCAAAGGAGCGUCAGAUGGCAUUUAUUUAGGAACCCUGAUCAGUUAACUGUCAUAUCACAAUUAAUGAAAAGUAACAUUGAGCUAAUCUGGAGUAGGAGAAGGGAAAUUUGGAGAAACAAAAUACAAGGAUCAUUUUCUUUCCAAUUGGGCAAGUGUGUGUCUAUAGCUAAGACAGUUUGUAUUGCUGAAAAAGCGGCAUUUGUGUUGAUCCUCAUCUGCGUUAAUGUUGUAGUAACACACGUGUUUUUAGACCAUAGCCACAAAAUAUUUAAUGUGUUGUGCCUUCAUGAUGUAACAGAGCAUUCUCCUGGUAGGCUAGUUGGGGAAACUAAGGGUUAAAACUCUAAUUAUUGCUGUUUAACUGUUUGUUAUCAUAGUUGGUCAAUGCCUGGCAGGUACCGGCGUCAUGUCACUUCAGUCAAACCGGCAGAGUGACUCUUACUAUUAAUAAGAUCUAAGUUGCACGUAAAACAAAUCCAAAUCUGGACAUUCAUAGGCGGUUUUUGUUAAGGCAUGACAGAUGAUUUAAACAAAUAAAUAGCAUGCAGAAAAAAAAUAAGAAAAAAAAAAGAAAAAAAGAAAAGAAAAAAAAAGCCCUUACAGAAAAAAAAGGGAAAAUUAUCUUAUGCCACAGUUGAUCAGUCUUAAAAUAACAAACUUAGGUAGUCUGAAGGUUAAUUUGUUCUUACCAAAAAAAACAAAAGGGUUUUUUUUUGUAUAUAGCAGUUCACAGUUUUUUUCCUCCACAGUAUAAAGACAUAAAAUGGGUUAGGAGUGCAUUGCUUAUUGUAGUACUUAUGUCAGUUUGUGAGGGGUGUUUGAUGACUUUGACAGAAUAAAUAUCUAAACAGUUAUUCUUGUUACUGCUUUGCCAGUUCACCGUUAUUUACAGUUAUUCAGCUCUUGCAAUAAAUGUUCUGAAUUCCUGAUUGUCUUGUGUUAGUUCUUGGGCAAAUGCCUAAGGGACUUUAUUCCCAUUCAUUUCCUUUGGUGUUGUUGGUGGUUCAUUAUGAAUAUAUAAAUUAUUCUUCUAAACAUAUUCAUUUGGUUCACCUAGUCCUGGAUGAGGAAGGUACAUAGAGAAAAUUGCAAACAUUUAAGGCCUUAUUCAGUGACUCCUAUGGUGAGUUGGACUGAAAAAGAGUUCUAUAGAACUUCAGGAGCAAGGUACCACUUACCAGGAGUUAAGGGUGUCAGCAUCUGCCCUACUUUGUUAGGCAAACCUAUGCACACAGAGUAACCAGGAGUCAUUGGCAAACGGCAGUAAGGAAGCAUUUCCCCAUAAUGAUUAGUAACCUUAGUGGCCACUAAAAAAACCCUGCAUUCACGUCAUUGCAGUUGUUAAUCUUAUCUCAGAGUAGUCUGUAGUAUUUUCAACUUUAAGUAUAGAAGAUACCACAGUAAUCUCAAAAUACUGUGAUGUAGUAAAUGGGGAUAUUUUUAAAGAUCAGUCACUGUGGUCACGUAAUAGUUUUUUGUUGCUUUAUAGUAAAAGAACACACUGAGAUAAAGGGGUAAUGAGAAAUGUAACCUAUUUUUUGAUUGUGCUGACUUUCAAAACCUAGAGAUGAAAUGAAUUGCAAAUUAAAAAUAGAAAAACUGUUUGAGAUCCUAAACAUCUCUCAAAAUGCCUUAAAAUAAAAAAUAAGGGCUCUUUCUAAGAUGACUAUUUGAAAACUAGUUCCUGUUUGCUUACCCAUCAGGAACAGAGUUCCCUCUCUGGCCAGUAAGAAUUGAGUAUGACAUUUCCACAGCCAGGUAGGAGCCGUAUUCCUUAAACUACUGAUACUUCCAUAGUUUGUGUUGUCAUCAGCUCUUGCAGGAAAAACACAGAAAUCCAAGCUAGGAUUCUGGCAGGUGAAAUAAUAUAUAUUUUUUAAUUUCACUCUAAACAAGUUACUCAUUUGUAAUUGUAAGUCUUUAAUAUAUUCACCAGCUUUUAAAUUUUAAAAAUAAUCAGUUCACCAUUAAUAUGGUAAUACACUAUGUCUUAGUCCCAUUAAAACAAAUGAGAGCUUUGCCAUUCGCUUCAAUGGGCUCUGGAUUUGGCCCUAAAUAUGUAGUCAAUGAGUACUCUUUUAUUUACAACUAAUUGGUUGGCUAUGUCCCUGUACUAGCACUGUUGUGUAAAUCUCAUAAAUUUAAAACAAACAAACAAACAAAAAACCCAACAAUUGAAAUGCUGAGAAAUUCACUGAUGUACCAGACAAGGAGCUCUUCCCCCUCCCCACCUUGCAGAGGCCUAAAAUGUUGAUGAAUGCCCAGAAUUAUUCAAAUGUUUCUUCAGCUUUCAUGGCUUGGCACCAAGCAUUACCGGCAAUAAUUGGUGAGCAAGCUGGGCUGUAUGUGGAUGCCUUGCUUGUGUCAGUUCCAGACUGCUUCCUUCAGUUGGGCAAUGUGGAUGCGUUUUCCCUCCCCCAGAUGUACACAUUUAAAGGACUGUAUGGAAAGAUAAACCACAGGCUGCUUUGAUAUUUGUUUAUUUUUAAGAUCAGAUAAGUAGGGCAGGGCAGAAUCAAGCAGGACUUUAAAGGCACUGACUGAAAGUUUAAUUCUAAAGCAGUUUGAGGAGUCGGCAGCCCUGGAGGGAUUUAAAGAAGGGGAUGACAUGGCCAAGCAUAACUCUUAGGAUGACAGUAUGGAGGGGGAAAGUACUACAGUGAUGCAUGCCACAUACGAAGGUAACAAACAAUGCUCCCAUUGCCAUGAGAAAACUCCCAUGAUAUACAGCAUGGUCAUAGGAAGGACUGAUCUUUGGCAGGACAGAUUCUCUAUGACCACAGGUUUCAGAGUAGCAACCGUGUUAGUCUGUAUCCACAAAAAGAACAGGAGUACUUGUGGCACCUUAGAGACUAACAAAUGAGAGAGGAAUGAAUUUAGCUUUCAGAGUAAAAAAAACAUCCUAAAGACAACAAUUUAAUUGUUAGCAUUAUUCAUAUUUCGUUGCUGAUCACUUUAGCAAAUAAUGUGUUUAUCUCACAAUCUGAUAGUGCCUCUGGCUUCUUGCCUUGUCCCUCAAGCCCUAAGAGGUUUAUGCCCCACUGCCAAAGCCUUCAGCUUCACUUUCCCUCAGUUUACUGACUGCAUUUUCUAAUUCUGCAAAAUUGGCUUUCAGGGAAUGUAUUCCCCUAGUAUAGUUGUUUACUAUGCUCUAUUAAGUUCCUUGGGGCAGGGACCAUUCUUUGUUUUGUACUGCCUGGAGGACAGUGACAACACAGCAUAGGGCCAGAUUCUGAGUCCAUUGGCUUCAAUGGAAGCCCUUUAGUGGGUAUUGGUGUCUGGCUCAUAAUCAGGGCUGGCUCCAGGCACCAGCCCGGGAAGCAUGUGUCUGCGGUGGCACAUGCUAAGGGGCAGCAAAAAUGGUAGAGCCGGCCUUGCCCAUAAUUAGUAAAAACAAUAAACUGCAAGUGCUUCAGUGCCCCUAACUAUCUGCUUUAUAAUUAAAUUAACAAGCGCAUAUCUAGCAGCUCAUUCUCUUUUUGAUCUACCCACAUAGCUUCCCUGGAGACAACUGGAACGUAUGUGCUGACAUGUGGCCUAAUUCUGCAAAAUGCUGAACAGCUCCUUCAAGGAGCUGAGCACCUUCUCCUGACCUUGCAGUCAAUGGAAGCUGAGAACAGUCAUCACCACCUUGUAGGAGAAGCUCAGCAUCUGCUAGGACUGGGCCCAUGUUGUAGCAUGUUGUACAUUAAGUUUUGAAGCAUUAAUGCUCUCAGCUAACUGUGUCACUUAAUGUAAAAGUCUAUUUGCAGCUGUAGUAUUUGUACUGCUGCCUGACUGAUGGAGUGUAAAGUAGCUCUUUAGCUACCAGACAGGAUCUCGAGUUCUGGUUGCCUUAGGACUGGAAAGAAUUCAAAAGAAGGCAAUAUCCCUCACUCUGAACAUCAUGCUCCGUAGAACACAGCCACUUUGAAAUCAAUUUGUUGUGCCCAGGUAUUGAAACACAUUCUAGUAAUGCAUGACAUGUGAAUAGAUACCUUAUUUAUUUGUAAUGAUAUAUAUUUAAAUAUUAUCAAGCACAUAAUUGCUCAAUAUAAUUUAAUGGAAUUUUUUGGAUCUACGAAUCUUGUUCAAUGUACUUUAAAUUGUAUGAAACAGCAUAUUCUGAAGACAACCCUCACCUUUAUUCAUGAAAUAAAGUUCUUUCUUUUGUGUGUUGUAUCCCUGUUUGUACAAACAUGCGAUGAAGUUAAAACA